GCGCAGUUCGCUAGCCCCUACGUCAUCAUCCUCCGCAACCCAGCAACAUAACACGACAUCUUUUCUUCCACUUUACACCAUCACACAGCGAUUGCAAACUCAAUUCCAACACUUUCAACUUUAGUUCAACCCCUCUUCACCCACCAUAAACAACCUCAAAUCAAUCACAAUGGGUUGGUUCAGCUCCGAUGAGAAGUCCUCUCUCGCGACUCACCCCGUCAACCUCGAUGUCACCACAAAGCACGGCUCCGCAGCUGAGCAAGAUCGCUUUGGCGAGCACUUCGGCGCCUCGACAGAUGCCAUCCGCCGCGGUGUGGACAAGGGCCUCAACAAGCUGCAACAAGCUGCCUUGGCCAAGGGCGAGGGUGCUGAGCAGGACCGCUACGGCGACCACAUGAGCAUCGGUGACCGUGGCUACAACGCCAUGAAGUCAGCUGCCAAGUACAAGGGCGAUGGCGCCGAACAAGACCGAUACAACGCACACUUCAGCCCUGCGCUGCACAGCAUUGAUGCCGCGAAGGCGAUACAAGCUGCGGGAAGCGUAGCCGCCAACGGGGAGAAGAACGCCAAGUACUUUGGCCUUGGAUACGAUGGUCAGCAGAGGGCGAAGCUGAUGGCCGGUAGCGGCAUGGGAGCUGAGCAGGACCGUCUCGGUCAGCAUUUCCACCUCACCAGGGACGCCGUCGCCGAUGCCGCACAACGGGUAAAGGACGGUGCGAAGGAUGUCCUCCCCAGGAGAUAAACGGAUAUCUUCACGACGCGAGCAUGAUUAUAGCGACGACCUUGGCUAAGACUGCGACGGCCGUAUACGUGUACAAACCUGUGUUUGCUCACGAUGUAUCAAUACAAAUGAAUAAUUUCACAUCAGCAUUCA